UGACUUCCUCUCGUUACAUGUCCCUAUCCGUGUCUGAAAAUCUAAUCUAAAAUCUAAAUCUAUGUUGCAACGCGGACAAAUCUAACAAAACUCGCCACUAGUUUUUCGUUCUCUUUUUCUCUGAGGGUUUGCUCUUUGGUUUCCUAGCCCAUAAAAAGAAACCAAAACUAACGCAUUCACUUUCCUUUUUAAUAUAUAUAUUUGUUGUUUUAAGCUGCCCACUUCGGCGACCCAGCAAAUACUCCAGUUUUAGAAACAUGCACAAAUUCAAACUCUUCUGCCACUGUUACUUUCAUAGCAGGGUUUGAUAAAAGUGGGGUUUGGUGUAAAAUGUUGGUUUUAAGCAUGAAUUCAAAAAGACAAAGGAGGCCAAAUGUUAGGUUAGGGGAAAUAGGAGACGUAUCUGCUGCUUUUGCAUGUAGGUUUUCUCAGAAGACUAAGGAAAGUUUAGGACAUAAAAGAUGGAAACCUGAUUUUCUCAACCCUCAAGGAAAUGAACUUACUACUGUUGUUGGGUUUUCUAAAGAAGAGUCUCCAGAUUUCUUGAUUUCUGGCACUGGUGUCUCCCCGAGGAUGUCAGCUGAUUUGCAACAGAACAGAGAGAAUAAGAACCCGAAUUCUUCGAAAUCAGGUUUUGAUGUGGUGAAUGCUGAUGAAAUUGACAUGAUGAAGUCUAGUUUAAAUUUCGGUACCAUAACCAGGAAGAGUAGGGUCAUGAAGCGGCGAGGUAGGAGCAGGGAAGGCAAUAAUUGUGUGUUUGGCAGUGCUUGGACCUGGAGUACUAAACUUAGUCCGGAAUUUAGUGGUGAAGAUAGAAAAGAGCAUGGUGAGAAAGAGUUUAUGGGAAUGAGAUCAAAUGCUUGUGAAGAUUAUUGCCCUGUUAAUGGUUUUCAGGACAUAUCAGAUCAUGAAACACCGGCUACCAGCAAAGAUGCUUGUGAAUAUGAUGUGGAUGAACCCGGUUAUGAUAGUUGGCAACAGGGAAAUGGUGAUGAUUACUGGAAGGAUGCUUGUUAUGAGGGAAAUAAUGUGUUUUUUAGAUCUGGUGAUGGAUGGGACCAAAUGAGAUACACCUGUAAUGAUGUAACUAGUGUUGGAAGAUGGUUGGAAGACCUGGGAUUUGGCAGGUAUGCUGGCAUAUUUGAAAUGCAUGAGGUCGAUGAGGAAACUCUGCCUCUGCUUACUCUAGAUGAUCUCAAGGAGAUGGGUGUAUUUGCCGUUGGGCAUCGAAGGAAAUUGUACGCUGCAAUACAGCAAUUAAGAGGAGGAGAUGUUUCUUCUUGAAAACUUUUCCAAUAAAUGUAGGUAACCCUUUUUUUUUUUCUUCACUUCCCUUUUGUGCAGGAAAAAAGUGUGGCAGGCAUGUAUGUAACCUUUUGGAAUCUCUGACGUGUUUUUUUCUUCCUGUUUCUUUGCUGGCGUUGUCAAUGAGAUAAGAUUAACUAGUUCAUACUUUAUAGGCUUCAAGCUAGCAUUUCUUGUCACUAGCCUCUUGAAUUAUUAAAUCUUAACAUUAUGUGAACUGAGUGGUUGCUUUUGCUACUGUUAAAUAAUGUUGUUUUUGGGUCUAAAUUAAAAUUCAUAGUACACUAAUCGUAGUACUUGGUUUCUGGUAUAAGUGAGCUAUAUCGACAGCCUCCCUGUCUAUAAUUUUUGGUGCAUGUAUUAUGUAUAUAAAUAGUAACUUGCUCCUUUAUUUAGGCAUAUAAUUCAGCUGAAAGUAUCAUGCACAUGUUGCCCCAUUUCUCAGUUGAAGUAUCAUGAGCGGUUUUGCAUUGCUGACUGUUAUAAUUCAGUGACAAGGAAAAAUUGUGACACGGGCUCCUCUUUAGAACUUACAGGUCAACAUUUCUUACCAUCAAUUACUGCAAAGGUUAGGUAUGAUGCUUGAUUUAAUGCUAGCUUUGUAGUCAUGAGCUAUACAUCAAAGAGUAAAGUGAGCAACAAUAUCAUAUUUACAUUACUAAAUUUAAACUGAUAAGAACUUUUUUUUUUUUAUAAUUGGGGGAGGGGGGAUUCAAACCUUGCUCUUUAGGCAGGGGGAUAAUGCACCAGCCAAUGAGCCAAAUGCUCGGGUAAACUAAUAAGAACUUGAGAAAUCCUAUUUUUUUUUAGAAUUAUGGAUAAAAAUUUUGUGUCUACGCGUAUGUGUGUGUGGGAGUAAGCGUGGUCUGCCACUUUCCCCUUUCUUUUAGUGUUUGGGAACAUAUUUUGAUGAAGGUAAGUAACUAGAUUACUAGAAUGCUAAAGUGUGACUAUAAUAGUCUGCAGAUUGUCUAAACUUAAUAAUUGUAGUCUUUUUUGUGAUUUUAACAUCUGCAAUAUAAUAUAAUUGAGUAAGAAGGACAUUCCUGGAGUUUCUCAGGUAGCUGUUGUUUUAGGCUUUUAGCACUUAAAAAAGGCUUUUCUUGUUUUUUUAAAUCUCUUUUCCAUGCUAUAUUGUGCUGCAAAUAUGGAAAAUGUUUAAGGUGUCUGAUCUCGGAGGAAAAUAUAUAGAUAUUGGCAUGUAAUCUGAGAUGUGAAUGUUAAUCCACAAUCUGCUUAAUUAUAAUGUUUAUCACCCCAUAAAAGUGUAUGACAAUGUUAUAUAUCUCUUUGGUGGUGCCUUACCGAUUGUUAUCAAAGUUAACUGCUUCAUGCCUCUCCUGGCUUUAGAUUUAUAAUAAACAGUAAAUGUUGUUUUCCGUCCUUCUAAUCUCUGUUUUCUCCCUCUGGAGCUCCUUAAUUUGUUUCCUUACCAUUAUAUUGAUCCAAUGGAUUCUUUGUUGAACAAUUAUGCCUUUUGCUACCGUGCUUUAUUAUCUUUACAUAUGCUCAAGUAGAGUUUGAUAAUUGAGAAAUGCUAUGCUUUUAAUUGUUAUUACCAAUUUAAUGCUUUGCAAAGAUCCUUUAUCUUUUUUCUUUAAGGGGCUUUUGAAAUUGCAAGAUGCUGAUCAUAAUGUAAUUUUAAGAGUUUCUGACCUAAUUACAAAUAGAAGCUGGAUAGUUAGCUUCUUAUGCAUGCGCGGGUUAGAAAUAUCAGAUGUGUUUAACUGACCAUUUAGCUUUAGGUGAUAGUCUCAUAUUGUUCAUGCACACAAUUUUUUAUGCUAUUUGGAUAGCACCGUAAAUGAUUCAUUGAUGCAUUUGAAAAUGGGUGGAUCCGAACCCUUAUUGCUCCUCUCCACCUUUCAUUGGUAAGCAAAAUGGAUAGGGCUAAAACUCUAUGCAAGUGAUACUACUCAAAAGUAUUUGCAAACCAGCAUAGUUUUCUCUUCUUUCUUGGUAUGCCUCUAUUGGAACUUGAAAGUCUGAAUGCCAGCAAGAUGCAAGGGCUGGCUUAAUCACUGCAGCUACAGCCACUUCUAAAGGACUUCCAGCAGUUAGCUAUGGAAUGUUUCAAAUGUCACUUUUAGAGUUGUGUUAAAGACGGCCCAUUCUGAGAAAACAUUUUAGUAGAUCUUUUGCUCUGUAUGAACGGUUCAUGAACAUUCCUUAUUAGGCGGGAUUAUUGUUGAUUUGCAAUGGAAUGAAAUGACCAUGAGCCUAUUAGAGGUAUUGUACUA